CAUAUCACAACCUGGGCAAUGGCACGAGACGCACCAACUUGCUAGAACCAAUCUCCCCCGCUCAUACAGUACCGAACACCCCAUCCUCCACGUGAAGGGUUCGACAUCAUGGGCUGCUGUUUUUCCCGUCCCCAGGGCUCCAACGCCCCCUACCCAGGUCCCAUCAACACGGGCUCCGCGAGAGCUAUCAACUCUGCACCCGCCUCUGCUGUUCGCGAUGACUCCCCCGCCGAGACGACACAGACCUCCUCUGGCCGACGUCGGGGCCGCCAGUCCAGUAUGCCCCUCGACAAGCACAUCAAUAAGCCUCUGCGCCGUCACGUUUGGACUUCCAAGGGCCGCGCCUGGACCCGCAUCGCCAUAGACCGUGAGCGAAGUGACUUCUUUGACACCCGCGUCACUGGACGCCCAGAGGUCUGGCAGUCGCUACGCGCAGUACUCGAGGUUCUCUGGGAUCCCGUUGGCCAGGGUGCUGCUGACGACGGUACCGAUGGCCUUGCAACUGCGCAAGGCAUCCUUAAUGCAGCAGAAAUCACUCUCCCCACGGGUGACCUUGCUCAGGGUGCCUACGAUCAACUGGGCAACUACUAUCCCCUGUCUGAGUGGCUUGUCGCCGAUCCAACUAAUCUAGUCGAGGACGAUGCCACGGUUGAUGGCGCCGAUGAGGCUCUUUCGACUAGAGAUCUCAAGGACGACCUGGCGGGAGGAGAGGAGACUACGGAGGAGCUGGACGAGGACGACAACGUCCGCCGGAGAGAAGAGAAGGGCAAGGCCGUCGUCGACGCCCGCGACCAGCUCUCCGUCCUAGCCCGCCUGAGCGAGAAUGCGCGCGAUGUCACUGUCAGCUUCGCCAAGAGCGAUAGCGUCAGAACUGUUGCUCGUAAGAUUCAGGAGCAGUCAGGACUUGCCUCCACCAAAAAGAUCCGCAUUGCCUACAUGGGCAAGAUCCUUAAGGACAAUCUCUCCCUCACCGAGCAGGGUUGGGCAGAGGGCCAUGUGGUCAACGCCCUCGUCUUCGAAAGAUAGCAUCAUAGAAGACAAUCGCCGAUGGACCGAUAUGCGCCCUUUUUGCUUGAGAAGGCAUGGUCUCUCCAAAGGUUGGCGUCCCAGGACAUGCGGCGCGAUCCAUUCCCUUCUCCUCCUCCUCAGUGAAGAACAACAACCAACCCAGGGCACACCGAACGUGGUGGAUACAAAACGGCCGCAAACAUGUCUACACCCCGAUUAAUUCGAUUCGAUUUGGUUGGGGACACAACACACCUCAGCAUGAAUUUCCUUUCGUCAGGCUUUCCUCAGUCUGGAUAAAUACCCCCUUUCAUUACUGUGCGGGACUCUUUUUUCAUCUUCAUUUAUAGUUGAUUUGGCGUUCUGGAGGAUGGAAACCCACUGCCACACAAAAGAAGUUGGUCAGCCAUUCAUUGCAGGC